AUGGAUCCUAACCAAGAUAUAUUUGAAGAGUUGGACACAGCGUUAAUUGAGAUCUUUCAUCGCAACCACAGUAUACACGAUAACAUCAAUAAUUUACCACACCAUGAACGACAACGGGUACGUGACGAGAUGGCCGAUUUGCUCAGACAAAACUCGCUCAACACAUCAUCAUCGAGACACCGCCGCACCAUCAGACGAUUUUACGAAGUUAUGUGGUAUUACAACUACAUUCCGAUAUUCACGAUACGAUUUGAUCGCAUUGGACAACAAAUCACGUGGCACAAUCUCCAACAGGUUAUAUUCGACGCUGCAUCUUAUUUCUUUAAGAUGAUACAGACAGGAUUGAGAAGUUUGAUUUUUGUGUGGGUUUUACAAACUCAUUUGCGCAAUAUCACCAAUAUGAUUUUCAUAUUUUCAAAUGCUAUCACAUUUAGUACCAACUUCAUCAAGGAUUUGUUUACAUACGCUUUCCAAAACUCGCCGCAAGUCCUACAUGAUCAUCAACUACUUGUUGCUCACAAUUGGGAUGUGUUUUACUACUUCAACUCAGAAGAAUACCAAAAUGCCUCAUUUUUGCAACACUUGUGGUUUAUUUACAGAAAUUAUCGAGCAUCAUUGCUAAAAACUACAUGUAUCACAAUCAACAAAGAAUUGCCCGACUGUAGCUUAGUUAUGGACUCGUUGGUGUAUCGAAUGCUGGAUGCUAUAGCCCGAUCAUGUCCACAAUUGUCCACAAAUAUGGUACGAUUCAUUACAUUAACAAUCUUUUUACUUUAUGCCACAUUGGGUAAUUUCAUCUGCAUCAAUGUGUUGUGUUUUGCAAUGUUCAAUAUCAUGAGACGGAUUAUUGGGUAUUCCAAGAUUGUCAAGAACUUGGGUAAGGUUAUUGGAUCUACCUUUAUUGAUUAUAUAGCAUAA